CACCCAUCUGAUCACAACACCUUCCCCAAUUCCGGGUAUAAUUUCCGCUCCUUCCUUAUUGCUUUAAUAAGUCAUGGCCCUUUCCCAUUAACCCAUCCCCAUCCCCAUCCCCCAAUGGCAAAUGCCCCGUCUUCGCCCCCCCCUCCUCCGCUCCGCCCACGCCACCCACCCCAUGCUUCCCUCCCUCCUUCGCACCUGCCGUGAUCUGCCGUCCGCCAUCAACGAAUUCCGCUGGCUUACCGAACACGCAGAAAGCAAAGUGCUGCGAUCGAACUGCGGUGAGCGACGCGCGAGGGAAGAGCGAGAUGGCUUGCUGGAGGGGCUGUGCCGAAAGAGAAGGAGGGGCGUGCCGUUGCAGUAUUUGUUAGGGACGGAAUAUUUCGGGGAUUUGGAGCUGAGGUGUCGGGAGGGGGUGUUGAUUCCACGACCUGAGACGGCCACCAUUGUCUCCCACUUGAUCAGCAUAUUGAAAUCCCGUGGUCUAAAGCAAGAAUUCGGUAGUACCUUACGAGUCCUGGAUCUCUGUACUGGUUCCGGAUGCAUUCCCUUGCUAUUCGAGCAUGAACUCCGCGCCGCUGCUAAAUCCGCGGACGUCCAACUGCAGGUCCUGGGCGUCGAUAUCUCCCCGCAUGCCAUUUCCCUUGCGAAGAAAAACCUAGACCACGUCCGGGGUAUCAAGUCCAGCAGGGAAAAUCCAGAUCCUUCAACCCACUCCCCUGUGGUAUUUGAGAGGGCAGAUAUAAUGCGCGACGCGGACAUCCUCUCUAAACAGCGCGCAUGGGACAUCAUCAUCUCCAACCCCCCCUACAUCUCCCGCGCCGACUACACCUUCAAACUCGACCGAUCUGUCCGUCACUUCGAGCCGCGCCUUGCUCUCGUCCCCUCAUUGACUACGAAGCCCAUCUCUAAUUCCUGGCUUCAGGAACUGGUCGCCAGCAUCCCCUCCUCCGCGCUUGAUGGCCUCGAGCCGGAGGAUGCGUUCUACCCUCGUAUCGCGCAUAUUGCGCGGAUCUCUGGUGCGAAGGCGUUGUUGGUGGAGGUGGGGGAUAUGGCGCAGGCGAGGAGGGUAGCGGGGAUGUGUAGAGGGCAGGGAUUGGGGAGGGUGGAGGUAUGGAAGGAUGAGUUGCGUCAUGAUGGAGGUGCGGUGGAUGAUGGGAGCGGGAUAGUUGUUCGUGGGAGUGGUGAGGGGAGGGCGGUGUUUUGCAGUAGAUUUUAGGGGGCUGCUCGUGAAGAGUGUGGGAGUCGGGGAGAUGGUGCGGUGCGGCCCUGAGAAUCAGGGUCCUUCCAUUCUACUGGUUGCGGCAUAACAUGCUGAGUCUAUGACACAUGACGCUGUCCCUUACACCCGGACCCGUUUCCUCUCACCACUGCGACCCCUCGGCCUUCCGGGUUCGUCCCCGAGCAUUAAGGUGAUGCCAUGACGACCAUUGAUUCAGGAGGAACCCAUUCUGACCAAGAGAUAUUGGCUAGUCCAAGCUCACAAAGCUAGACACUCGCCCCUACCCUCCAGAUGCCUCACGGUAAAUCGAAAUGCUUUUCGCUGCCCCCGCCACCGCGAACAUCUCGCUCUUCCCACUCUUCGGCAGCCACCUCGUGCUCCAGAUCGUCUUAUCCGAUUCGGCAUGCGUCGCCACGCAGGCUCUCGUGGGGACAGACCAGACUUUCGACUUUCCAUCAA